UUUUUCUUUAAUUUCAGGGUUAUGGCCAUUUCAGGCUUAAUGGCCAAUUUUUCAAUUUUCAAUGAAGGAGAAACUUUAAAAAUUAAAAUUUAUUUUGAACGUCAAGUAUUUAUUGUUUAUUUAUCUGAAAUUAUCACAAUCGACCUAUUUUAUGCAAAAUUGAGAGAAAUUUUGAGAUUGGAUACAAAUCAAGUAAUUACUGUUAAAUGGAUUGAUAAUGAAGAUGAUCCCUGUACUAUUUCUUCACAAAUUGAACUUUUUGAAGCAAUCAAGCUUACGUUGGAAUUUAGAGAUGCUGAAUUAAAGGUUGUUUUGUUUUGGAUUUGUCGGAGCAGUUCAACUGAGUCCCGGCCCUAUAACUCAAGUACGGGGUAA